AUGUCUGACACACAAUCGUCUCAUCAGAAAGCGUACACUAAAGGUACAAUGUCAUCCAAACAUGAUCAGGAAGCAACACUGAAAUCGAUCGUCAUCCAAGGUAAGGAUCUCACUUUAGAACAAUUGGUACAAAUUGCUCGACAUUACUGCAAUGCUGAAUUAUCGAGUGACGUCAAUAUUUGUAGUCGAAUGGAAGAAUCGGUCGCCAUCAUUGAUGAGAUUGUAAAUGGAUCACAACCUCUUUAUGGAGUUACGAGCUUGUUUGGUGGUCUUGCUAACCGAGUUAUAUGCAGGGAGUUUGCUGAGGAACUACAAAAUAAUUUGGUUCGGGCUCUCAAAGCUGGCGUUGGCUCCAUUAUGCCACUAGAGUCGAUUAGAGCAGCCAUGAUUUUACGGACCAACGCUCAUCUUAUUGGUGCUUCCGGAAUCCGUCAAUUGUGGGACGAGCGAUUAGUACGAUUCGUGUCAGAAGGAGUAACUCCGUUGGUUCCCGAAUUUGGUUCAAUAGGAGCAUCUGGUGAUCUCGUUCCGUUAUCUUAUAUUGCCUCUGCUAUUUCUGGACAAGAUGAAACACUUCGUGUCGAUUUUCGAGGUGAAACAAUCAGUGCGCCUGAAGCUUUACUUAGACUUGGAUAUGAACCAAAACGAUUUCAUCCGAAAGAAGGUUUAGCUAUGUUGAAUGGAACGAGUGUUAUGACAGCAUCAGCUUCAUUGGCCUGUUAUGAUCUUUAUACAUUGAUGGCUGCUACUCUUCACGUCCACGCCAUGGUUCUUCAAGCACUAACCGGUAGUAACCAACCAUUUCAUCCAUUUUUACAGAAAGUCAAAGGCCAUCAAGGACAGAUCGAUGUAGCAGCCAUAAUACUCGAUUUAUCUAAUGGCUCAAAAAUGAUUUAUGAUGCACUCGAUGGUAAACUGACAAAACGAAGCAUAGAAGCACUAAUCCAAGAUCGAUACUCAUUACGAUGUUGUCCACAGUUUCUUGGUCCAAUGCUUGAAACACUACAUGACAUUGCUCGUAUACUUGAAAUUGAAAUGAAUUCUGCCAAUGACAAUCCACUAAUUGAUGUCGAUACCCGCAAAGUUUACUGUGGUGGCAAUUUUCUCGGUGAACAUGUUGCCAUAGCUAUGGAUCGACUUCGACAAACUGUCGGUCUUAUGGCGAAACACUUAGAUGUGCAAAUUGCUCAAAUGGUAACUCCUGAAUUCAAUAACGGUUUGCCCAGUUGUCUCAUUGGUAAUCGUGCUCGAGAAGUAAAUAUUGGUGUCAAGGCUCUACAAAUCACCGGCAAUUCUAUUAUGCCUUAUUUACUUUUUCUUGGUACGCCGAUGGCCGAUAAGUUUCCAACACAUGCUGAACAAUACAAUCAAAAUAUUAACUCAAUGGGUCAUAUGUCUGCAUGUCUUGCUCGAAAAUCAAUUUCCGGUUUAAGUCAACACUUAAGCAUAUGUCUCUUAAUUUGUGUCCAAGCACUUGAUUUACGAGCCAACUUGAUUGACGAAGAAGGCGGUUAUGAUGCUCGCCCAUUGGUUUCAAGCAAGACUCGACCGGUGUACGAAGCGAUUAGAUCAAUCAUAAAUGUACCUAUUAGCAAAGAGCGCCCGUACAUCUGGGAUGAUGGUGAACAUGCACUGGACGAACAAAUUGCUUGUGUCAAUGCAGCUCUCACCGCGGAUGAAAAUGGACUUCUCUUCAAAGCACUAAAACCAACUAUUGACUGGCUCCGUUCCAAACGUUACACACACUAA